UCCAGACCAGGAAGCCUCUCGCAUUAUACUGUUCUCACGCAGCAAACUAUGUUCACCCCGAGAGAAAGGCGUAGCUGAGUUUGACGGUCGUUUUCGAUGGAAACAAACGCAUUAAACCGUUUCAGCGUUGAGUUAAACAGGUCAUUCGGCGAUAGGAUUUUUAUCCUGCUUAUUUUAGGGAACAUUGUGACUGUAUUAGCUCUUCCUGGAGUUCAUAAUGAAACGGGCCCAAAUCUGGACUGUACCAACGACUUAGACACAGAGAUGUCUUGCCAAUUUGAAGCGCAAAACUGCUCUGGAUACGAUGUGACUCUGGUUUGGAACGAGAAAAAAGCGCCGGUGCAGUGUAUUCCUGAGCAGUGCAGUCGGGGGUGUUGUUGCUCUGUCAAAACGAUAAUUGUUCUUGGGGAGAGUCACAACGUAACAGUUUGGAAAGAUGGCCGAAUAAGGGAAUCCAAAAUCAUCAGCAUUAAAGAGAGCAUAAAGCCCAAAACCCCAACAAUCAUGUCAGUGCAUGAAGUCAACGGGAAUUUUCAUGUCAGGUGGAAAACGAACAUUGAUGACAUUACCAGUGAUAUGUUUACGCCUUAUGUGAUAUACCAUAAAAAAGGAGACACGGAAAAGGUCAAUAUGUCUGUCAGCAAAUCUACCAUUGGUGGGUUCAAUACCUGUGUAAUACUUGGUCAAAAAUUGGAACCAAGUACAAAAUAUUUGGUCAGCGUGCAAACCUACACUGAUCGGAGUGGCAAGUUCAGUGACAGUAGCAAAGAGUUGGAAUUCACAACCCCUGCCUCCUCUAAUGUCCUGCUCAUCGCACUCAUCAUCAUCCUCAGUAUUGCUGCAGUCCUAAUCAGCAGUGCUAUAUUUGUCUGCUCUGUAAAGUUGAAGACACGGUGGUGGGACCUGAUUUCCAAAGGUCCAAAUCCAAAACUUCUUAUUAUGCAUUCAUAUGACCAAGAGUGGUUGAAACCUGAGCCAACCAUUAUUUCCCCUGCCUGUGUUGAGACCCUUGUUCCUGAUGACGGCAAACCAUGGUCGAAGGGGUCACUGACAGACAAUAGCAGUGGGAGCUUUCAGCAAAGCAGUGGAAUCAGCACUGGAUCCUCUUGUCUCAGUUAUGCUAACACAGAACCUGCUGAUAUUAUAGCAGGGGUUCAUGAUGCCCUUGGUAAAGCCUUCCCCAAUAUCAGUCCAAUAUCACCUUUGACCACCAACCUGCUCACAGAAUCAAACAAAGACAGUGGUUUAUUCUCUGCUCCCAACAAUCCCUGUAGUGUCAGAGCUGAUGACGUGAAUUCUGGAUCAUCAGGCUUUGACAAUAAAACCUAUUCCAUUCUCGUUCCCAACUGCCCACGUCAGAUUAUGAUGGACAGCUCUGAAGUCCAGACACAGGAUGCAAUGCUUUGUGACUCUGCUUACCAUCCUAGUGAGGGUGACAUGGUGAUCUGUCCUGACCAACAGGUACCAGCGUGUCCGCUUCUUAAUUUACCACCGGUGGUUUCAUCUCCAAUGCCAUCAGACAUGUCAUAUCAGCCGUGCAAUGCAGAUUCUGGACGAUUAUCACUUGCAGACGACUCCAGUUUGUCCUCCAUCUCUAGUGGCACCAACACAACCGCCUCAUGUGAUCCUGUGUCCAGAGUUGAGGCUGGAUGUGACAGCUUUGAAGAGGCCACCAUAUGUGAUGACAAUCCCUGCUAUGGCUGCAUGCCUGCUGGCUCACCCAACUUUCCUCAAGUGAACGAUGACUACCAGGCAUUUCAAAGUCUAGUGGGACAGCCUGAUGUUUUAUUUUCAGAGCAGAGAAGUGUCGAGAGAGAGGAAGAUUUGGACAAAUAUCCAGCGGAAUCAUACACCAAGAUCCCUCCAGUCACUCCAGAUUUCAUUAACAAUGUUCAGAGUGACCAGGGUCUCUCUGAGCUCCAAAGACCUUUUCUCUCUCUGCACUCUGCUGAGCCUAUGACAGUCAUUACAGACAGCAGCUAUCAAAGUGUGUAGCGCUGAAUCUUUUCCAUUAACUUCUGUGACGUUAAAUAAUAAGCCUGGCUGAGAAAUGUUAGGAUGUGAGAGAGGGCUUCAGUUUUGAUGUUCACUUGUGAAUGAUGGACUUUGAGAUCUAUUUAAUAGCUUUUCCUGCGGUUCUAAUUCACAACAUCUGCCAGCACCUUGAGCUAACAUUGUUUUUUCAGCUUCGAUAUUACUAGUUUUAAAAUGGUGUAUAUAUUUUGGUGUAUAUAUUUUGUUUUUCUAUUUUGUUGCCUUGAUUCAAAGAAAACAAACUUUUGCACAUUAAGAACAAGUAAUUUGUGAAUACUUUGGAACUGUGCAGUGUUUAGAUCACAUGAUUGGUUUUGAUGUGAAACAUCCAUAAAGUUUCGUAUAUAAAAGCAUUAAUGUAUAAUUUCUGUCAGAGAACAGAAUGCAGUUGUUUGAGAUAAAAGGCUUUGAAUGUGUGCUUGCUACAAAUGCUUUAACAAAACAGCCACAGCCAACUCAUGUAUCUAUAUUUCACAGGUAGUAGUCAACUAAGGUAAUUUGUUUUUCAAAUUUAUAUUUGCAUAUCUCAUGAUCAAUGCAUUUUCCUUAAAUGUUUAAAUACUGUGAGAACCACACUGUCUGAAUGUCUUUUGUAAGACUUCAAUGAUGUUUAAAUGUACAGAGCCAUUUCUGGUAGUUCAUCUCAAUCUCUUUGAGCUGGAUUUGAUCAAGAGAGUCAUUAUAAGAAAAUAGCAUACACUUUGGUCAUCAAUCCUGAAUCUUUACAAAGAAUUAUAUUGUAACUGGCUGAAUUCUUUGUCCAAAACAAGCCACAACAAUCAGCUGACGUGUUAUAGCUGGUGUGGUUUAGGGUUGUGAAAUUACUUCCACAUAUCUCUUCGCUGGAACUGCUGAGGCACUUCCACAGAAAGACGCACUACACACACAGUAGACUAUGCUUAUCAUCACAGCUAAGGCGUGUAACUAAAACAACCAAAACAAAACUAUUUCACAAUAAAAAUAUGUUUGUAACUGUGAGCUAGUUGUAAAUGUUACUAUUAAGGGUUAUUUUUGUUUAAAUAAAAGUCCCUUCACAUUGUG